AUGUAUUUUCUUGUCUGUCUGUAUCUAUCUAUCUAUCUAUCUAAAUCUAUUUAUUUAAAUGUAUUUUCUCCUUAUCUGUCUAUCUAUGUAUAUGCAGCUUCCUUAUCUAUCUAUCUAUCUAUCUAUCUAUCUAUCUAUCUAUCUAUCUAUCUAUCUAUCUAUCUCAGUCUGUUCAUUAUCUAUCUAUCUAUCUAUCUAUCUAUCUAUCUAUCUAUCUAUCUAUCUAAAUGUAUCUUCCUCCUUGUCUGUCUGCCUAUGUAUAUAAAUGAACCUUCCUUGUUGUUUAUCUAUCUACGUGCUUGUCUACCUCUUCUCUCGUUCUUUCUGAUUCACCUUCUUUCCUUCUCUCUCUAUCUCUUUCUCUUUCUCUUUCUCUCUCUCUCUAUUUACACUGUUCUAUAUUCGCCUGCCCUUUUACCAACACCCCCCAUCCCACCUCUCUCUCUCUCUCUCUCUCUCUCUCUCUCUCUGUGUCUCUCUCUCUCUCUCUCUCUCUCUCUGUCUCUCUCUCUCUCUUUCUUUCUUUCUAAUAUCUCGAUCUUUCCUUUCACUUUGAUGUGUCUAUUUCACACUGCAGUUUCAUCACAUUCGACUUCUGCAUAG